UCCUCGCCGGAAGCGGAAGCAGGAGUAGCGGCAGCGAACUCUAUUUUCCUCGGGACUCGGCCUUGUGAGGCCGAUCUCGGCCGUCAUGCUAUCCGGGUGGCGUCGCGUGGCGCGGAGUGCGGCGGGCGGCCUGAGGCGAGCCAUUGCCGCCUCCGAGACCCGGAGAAGGGUCAGCACCAGCUGGUCCCCGGUGGGCGCCGCCUUCAACGCCCAACAGCAGCAGCCAUGCAGGCGGGACGCGGGGAGGAGCAAGACGGGUUUGUUUGGUGUAGCAGAGCUGACCUGUCCAGAAGGGUUUCAGGAAGCUCAGGAAAAAUCAUUACAAGAAACAGAACGUCUGGUCCAGAAAGCAUGCAUUACACCUCCCGGGAAAGAAAUAGUAAUGAUCUUUGAUCAGCUCUCAGAUGCCUUAUGUAGAGUCGCAGAUCUAGCAGAUUUUGUAAAAAUUGCUCACCCGGAUCCUGCUUUCAGAGAGGCUGCUGAAGAAGCCUGCAGAAGUAUUGGUACUAUGGUAGAAAAAUUAAAUACAGAUGUAGAUUUGUGCCAAAGUCUGAGAAAAUUGUUGGCUGAUAAAGAUGUUAUGGGUUCCCUUGAUCCAGAAACAAGGCGUGUGGCAGAACUUUUCAUGUUUGAUUUUGAGAUCAGUGGGAUUCACUUGGAUGAAAAAAAGCGUAGGAAGGCAGUAAAUCUCAACAUCAAAAUACUGGAUUUAUGUAAUGAAUUUCUCAUUGGAUCUCAUCUCCCAAACAAGAUUGACAAGCACAUUUUGCCAGAAGAUAUUCGCCAUAACUUUGCAGUUGAAGGCAACUAUGCCCAAAUCAGUGGUCUCAAUGCAGAUAGUCCAGAUGAUCUGGUACGUGAAAUUGCCUACAAGGUUUUUCUCUACCCAAACGCUCAACAACUGAACUGCUUGGAGGAACUGCUCACCAGCAGAAACCUUUUGGCCCAGUUAGUUGGAUAUGAUACUUUUGCUCAUCGGGCUCUUCAGGGAACUAUGGCACAAACCCCAGAAAGAGUAAUGCAGUUUCUUGUAAAGCUUUCAGACAAGUUAUUAAAUAGAAUUCAAAAGGAUUUUGAAAUGAUGGAAGGCAUGAAAAUGAAAGUAAAUCCUAUCAAAUCAAAAUUGAUGCCAUGGGAUCAUCCAUACUAUAGUGGCGUAUUGCGUGCUGAGAGGUAUAACAUUGAACCUAGUCUAUAUUGUCCCUUUUUCUCUCUUGGAGCAUGUAUGGAAGGUCUAAACAUCUUAUUCAGUAAACUCUUAGGAAUCUCUCUCUAUGCUGAACAGCCUGAAAAGGGAGAGUUGUGGUGUGAAGAUGUUCGCAAAUUGGCAGUUGUCCAUGAACAAGAAGGUUUAUUGGGGUAUAUUUACUGUGAUUUCUUUCAAAGGCCAGAUAAGCCUCACCAGGAUUGUCACUUUACUAUCCGUGGAGGCAGACUAAAAGAAAAUGGAGAGUACCAAAUACCUGUUGUUGUUCUUAUGCUAAGUUUGCCUCAUUCCACCAGCAGUUCGCCAACAUUGCUAACUCCUGGAAUGAUGGAGAAUCUUUUCCAUGAAAUGGGUCAUGCUAUGCAUUCAAUGCUGGGAAGGACUCGAUACCAACAUGUGACUGGGACAAGAUGUUCCACUGACUUUGCUGAAGUUCCCUCUAUUCUGAUGGAGUACUUUGCAAAUGACUAUCGAGUAGUAAACCAAUUUGCAAGGCACUAUAAGACGGGUCAGCCACUGCCCAAAAACAUGGUGUCAAGACUCUGUGAAUCUAAAAAAAUUUGUGCUGCUGCUGAUAUGCAAUUACAGGUCUUUUAUGCUGUUCUGGACCAAAUAUACCAUGGGAAACAUCCUCUAGAGAAAUCAACCACAGACAUUUUAAAGGAAACGCAAGAGAAAUUUUAUGGAUUGCCAUAUGUUCCUAAUACUGCCUGGCAACUCAGAUUCAGCCAUCUUGUGGGUUAUGGUGCCAAAUAUUAUUCCUACCUCAUGUCUAGGGCUGUGGCCUCCAUGGUAUGGAAAAAGUGUUUUGUGCAGGAUCCAUUCAACAGAGCAAUGGGUGAGAAUUAUCGCAGAGAAAUGCUGGCACAUGGAGGUGGAAAAGAGCCCAUACUCAUGGUUCAAGAUUAUGCUAGCGAAUAUAUAUGCCACAAGCUUGGAGGAACUGCAAAGUGCGGCUAAAUGCACUUCUUUAUGAAAAAGUCCUCCCUCCCCCCCACCGCGCCAGCGGGACGCCACGUAGCAUCUGAGCCACCUGCUCCAUCAAGGGGUGUAGCAGCAGACCUCACCUAGCUGCCUGAACUCACGCAGGCACACAAAAGGAAGCAUGCCAAGUGCUCACAAACCUCAUCUACUAAGAAUGCUGCAGGGGGCAGCAACAAGAAGAAGGCGCCUUCCACGGAGGCCUCCUUUGCCACAACUCCGGUGCUGGCUGCGUUGCCUGCACAGUCACAGAGCUUGCCCGCAGACCUCCAGCCGCCUGCUCAGGAGGAACUUUGUAGGUGCACCUGGCAGUUGCAAUGCAACCUGGACAUGGGGGUGUGGCCGUGCUCCCUUUCAUGGAGACAGCCCACUUACCGCUCACCCUGCAAGAUACCAUCCCUGCCACACACUCUAUAGCUGUGGCAGAGCUAGACACCGGUGCCUCAGGCUCGGAGAUGGGCUUACUGUUGCCACCCAUAUUGUCUGCUUUGGACGAUAGACACUGCUUUUGCUGGUCACCCUCCUGGUGCUCCUCAGUUGGAGGAGCUAUCGCUCCAACCCAAGGAGCCAGUCCCUGGCGCAGCGUUCUAAUAAUCUCACUCACAGAGCCCAGGGUGUUACAGCCGGGGGUACCUGAUAUCACCCCCAGGGCAGUACUGGUACUGUGAGUACUCCCCAACUCACUGUGACCGGAGGCAUCCCUGUCAUGAACCUUACUAUUGUGAGUUCAUCCAUCGCUCCCCUGGGAGUCGAGCUUAUUUCUUUGGACCUAUAGAUGACCACUGCAGAGUGGACAACUAGCACCUCCUCAAGCUCGCCAGCCCCCACUUGCGGCUACCCUCUCUCUUUGUCCUGUACAAAUACUCUCCUGUACAAAGGAGAGUCUGACUCAGCAUCAACAUCUUCAACUGCCAUAGUCAAUGAUCACAAACCAGAGGGAGCGUAGAGCCUGUCCCUGGGGACGACAUUGGGGUUUUUUCAGCCCUUAUGAUCCGACUGACUCAGGCAUUAAAUUUACCUACACUAUGGUCAGUGGUAAAGAAAAACAGUGAAAGAUGUGACCUAAAACAUCUGAUUGGCCAAACGUUCCCCAUCAUCCUAUAGAAAACACUAAAUAUGGGAGCUGUUUGCAGUUGCUCCUGGAUAUUUUGAUUGUGAAAAUUAUAACCGGUUUUAACCGGAUGUUAUAUUUUUAUUGAAGAUUCAUCUGAAUUUUAUAAUACUUUAAUGCUUUAGUUGUUUUAUGCUGUAGCUGUAAGCAGCAGUAACCACUAAUAAUUAAAAUGAAUAGAACCAAAACAA